GAAUAUAGCAAUAAAUAAAAAAGGAAAGGGCUUGCUCACGAUAGUUAACGUGCACCCUCGUUGUUACUCCUCUGUCUCACUCUCUCCACCCACAAACAUUUUCGCAUAAUCACCAUUCCUCCUUUUUCUUCUUCUCCGCCAUUGAUCAUCACCACUAUUACAUUCUUACACACAAUUGAUUGGUAUAUAAUAUUACUAAGAGAGAAGAAGAAGAAAACUCGGAAAUAUAAUUUUCAAUUCAAAUUAAAUUAAAUAAAAGAAAAAGCCAUUCCUAAGCUCAAAACCAGCAAAAAAAAAAAAAGAAAAGAAGGAAAAUGAAAAACCACCACUACCACAAUUUGGGCGGAGAGACGGCGGUUUCAUCAUCAGCUGAGCACCAUUCACAGCCGUCCUCGGCCGUGCAGCCAUGUAGAAUGACGUCGUCAUCAUCAUCUCCGGCAACCACGUCAUCAUCGGAGAAACCAACGGUGGCUGUGGAUGAUCCUACUGCAGCAGCAGCCACGUCUUCAUGUAUAACAGUGGAGAGGCGAGGUGAGUAUGCGGCUGUGUGUAAAUGGUCAAUAAGUAAUUUCACAAGAGUUAAAGCUAGGUCAUUAUGGAGCAAGUACUUUGAAGUUGGUGGUUAUGAUUGCCGUUUGUUAGUUUACCCUAAAGGUGACUCACAGGCAUUGCCUGGUUAUAUAUCUAUUUACCUUCAGAUUAUGGACCCUCGUAAUACGACGUCGUCUAAGUGGGACUGCUUUGCUAGUUAUCGUCUCGCUGUUGAGCUUCCAACCGACACCUCAAAGUCGAUACAUAGGGACUCGUGGCAUAGAUUCUCAUCCAAGAAGAAAUCUCAUGGCUGGUGUGAUUUUACUCCUUCAAAUUUAGGGUUUUUACUUAACAACAAUGAUUGCAUACUUAUUACUGCUGAUAUACUUAUACUUCAUGAGUCGGUUAGUUUUACGCGUGAUAAUAACAAUGAAAUGCAAUCUAAUUCUGCUUCGAAUGUAGUAGUUACGGGCGCAGCUGGUGGUGAUGUUUUGAGUGGGAAAUUUACUUGGAAGGUUCAUAAUUUUAGCUUGUUUAAGGAAAUGAUUAAAACUCAGAAGAUUAUGAGCCCUGUUUUUCCGGCUGGGGAGUGUAAUGUGAGGAUUAGUGUGUACCAAAGCUCGGUAAAUGGGGUGGAUUUUCUGUCAAUGUGCUUAGAGAGUAAGGAUACUGAAAAGACUAGUUCGAGUUCAGAUAGGAGUUGUUGGUGUUUGUUUAGGAUGUCGGUGUUGAAUCAGAAGCCGGGUUUGAAUCAUAUGCAUAGGGAUUCUUAUGGAAGGUUUGCUGCUGAUAAUAAGAGUGGAGAUAACACGAGCUUGGGAUGGAAUGAUUACAUGAAGAUGGCAGAUUUUAUAGGGUCAGAUUCAGGGUUCUUGGUGGAUGAUACUGCAGUUUUCAGUACUUCAUUUCACGUGAUUAAGGAGCUUAGUAGCUUUUCCAAGAAUGGAGGAUUAAUUGGUGUUAGGAGUGGGAGUAGUGCCAGGAAGUCUGAUGGUCAUAUGGGCAAGUUUACAUGGAGGAUUGACAACUUCACAAGGUUGAAAGAUCUCUUAAAGAAACGAAAGAUUACUGGGCUUUGCAUAAAGAGCAGGAGGUUUCAGAUCGGCAAUCGGGAUUGUCGGCUGAUUGUUUACCCCAGAGGACAGUCUCAGCCUCCAUGCCACCUUUCUGUAUUUCUUGAAGUCACAGAUUCAAGGAAUACUAAUAGUGACUGGAGUUGUUUCGUGAGCCAUCGGUUGUCUGUUGUGAAUCAAAAGAUGGAGGAGAAGUCUGUAACGAAGGAAUCUCAGAAUCGGUAUUCUAAAGCUGCAAAGGACUGGGGUUGGCGCGAAUUUGUGACCCUUACUAGCCUCUUUGAUCAAGAUUCUGGAUUUCUUUUUCAGGAUACUCUUGUGUUCUCUGCAGAAGUCCUUAUUUUGAAGGAGACAUCCAUCUUCCAGGAGUUGAUCGAUCAGGAUAAUGAGUCAGCAAAUGGAGGUACCCAGUUGGACAAAGGUGGGAAGAAAAGUUCUUUUACAUGGAAGGUGGAGAACUUCUUGUCCUUCAAGGAGAUAAUGGAGACACGGAAAAUAUUUAGCAAAUUCUUUCAAGCAGGUGGAUGUGAGCUUCGUAUUGGAGUAUAUGAAUCCUUUGACACUAUAUGUAUAUAUCUGGAGAGUGAGCAGUCUGCUGGUACUGAUCCAGACAAGAAUUUUUGGGUUAGAUAUAGGAUGGCUAUUCUGAACCAGAAAAAUCAAUCUAAAACAGUGUGGAAGGAGUCCUCCAUUUGCACUAAAACUUGGAAUAAUUCCGUUCUUCAAUUUAUGAAGGUCUCAGAUAUGUUGGAACCAGAUGCAGGAUUUCUCGUACGUGAUACAGUUGUCUUUGUUUGUGAAAUUCUGGAUUGCUGUCCCUGGUUUGAAUUUUCUGACCUUGAGGUGUUGGCGUCCGAGGAUGAUCAAGAUGCUCUGACAACUGAUCCUGAUGAGCUCCUUGACUCAGAAGAUAGCGAAGGAAUCAGCGGAGAUGAAGAAGAUAUCUUCCGGAAUCUUCUUUCUAGAGCAGGGUUUCACCUCACUUACGGAGAUAAUCCUUCACAGCCACAGGUCACUUUAAGGGAAAAACUUCUUAUGGAUGCGGGUGCAAUAGCUGGGUUCCUGACCGGACUUCGUGUGUAUCUUGAUGACCCUGCUAAAGUAAAGCGCUUGCUCCUUCCUACUAAGAUAUCUGGCUGUAAUGAUGGAAAGAAAGUAAAUAAGAGUGAAGAAUCUUCCCCCAGUUUAAUGAACUUGCUGAUGGGCGUAAAAGUCUUGCAGCAAGCAAUCAUUGAUUUGCUUUUGGAUAUAAUGGUCGAAUGUUGUCAACCUUCGGAAGAAAGUUCUAGCAAUGAGUCAUUUGAAGUGAGUUCUAAAGCUGUUGCAAAUGGCAGUGGAGGAAAUAGUCAAUUGGAGUCUGAUAGGUGCAAUGGUGCAAAUGAACCUUCGCAACCUUUAGUCCAUGACAGACAGGAUUCAGCGGCGGAUGAAAGCAUGAAUUCAUCUGCUGUGCAAAGCUCUGACAUUGGUGGGAGUGAUGCUCCUGAGAAAGCUUUCUCGGUCCAGCCUAUUUGUCCAUCAGAAACAUCUGCUGGCAGUUUCUCUGAAAAUCCUUCACUGCGCGCAAAGACCAAAUGGCCGGAGCAAUCCGAGGAGCUUCUUGGGUUGAUAAUCAACUCCUUGAGAGCACUUGAUGGAGCUGUUCCUCAAGGUUGUCCUGAACCAAGGAGGAGGCCGCAGUCUGCGCAGAAGAUAGCGCUUGUACUGGAUAAAGCUCCCAAGCAUUUGCAAGCAGACCUAGUUGGUCUUGUACCGAAACUAGUUGAGCAUUCGGAACAUCCUCUUGCUGCUUGUGCGCUUCUCGAACGACUUCAGAAGCCAGAUGCCAAACCGGCACUAAGGAUGCCAGUCUUCAGUGCACUCGGCCAAUUGGAAUGUAAUAGUGAUGUAUGGGAACGUGUUCUUUUUCAGUCAUUUGAUCUUUUAGCAGAUUCCAAUGAUGAACCUCUGGCAGCAACAGCGGACUUUAUAUUCAAGGCCGCACUUCACUGCCAACAUCUUCCAGAAGCAGUUAGAGCCAUACGUGUCAGGCUUAAAACUUUGGGAACCGAAGUCUCUGCAUGUGUUCUUGAUUAUUUGAGUCGAACUGUAAAUAGCUGUGCAGAUAUUGCUGAAGCUCUUCUGAGAGAUAUAGAUUGUGAGAAUGAUUUUUGUGACAACUACUCCGCUGUACCUUGUGGGCUUUUCUUAUUUGAUGAAAGUUGUCACAAUUCUGACAGACCACAUACAGGGGAUGAACACGCUUUCCAUUUGACUCAUCAUUUUUCUGAUAUUUUUAUACUGAUUGAGAUGUUGUCAAUUCCCUGCCUUGCUAUUGAAGCUUCCCAGACCUUUGAAAGAGCUGUAGUUCGAGGGGCCUUUGUCGCCCAGUCUGUAGCAAUGGUUUUGGAGAGGCGGCUUGCUCGGAGAUUAAAUUUGACCUCUCAAUACGUUGCUGAAGAUUUUCAGCAUACCGAUUUGGUUGUAGAAGAGGGAACCAUUGAGCAAUUAAGAGCUCAGCGAGAUGACUUUACUUCAAUUCUUGGUCUUGCCGAGACAUUGGCACUUUCUAGAGAUCCGCAUGUAAAAGGUUUUGUAAAGCUUCUUUACACCAUUUUGUUCAAAUGGUAUGCUGACGAGUCUUACCGAUUGAGGAUCCUCAAGAGGCUUGUUGAUCGUGCCACAAGUUCUAUAGAAGGUGCACGUGAAGUAGACUUAGAUUUGGAGAUUUUGGUGAUCUUGAUUAAUGAGGAGCAAGAAAUUGUCAGACUAGUUCUUAGCAUGAUGAGGGAGGUGGCUGAACUUGCAAAUGUUGAUCGUGCUGCACUUUGGCAUCAGUACUGCACCAGUGAAGACGAAAUUCUACGCCUUCGUGAGGAAAGGAAAGCGGAAAGUGCCAAUAUGGCUAAAGAGAAAGCUACCAUUUCCCAAAAGCUUAACGAUUCAGAGGGUACUAAUAGUCGUCUCAAGUCUGAGAAUAGGGCCGAGAUGGAUCGUUUUGCUGGAGAAAGGAAGGAACUCAUGGAACAAAUACAAGAAGUUGAAAGUCAACUUGAAUGGCUACGGUCUGAACGUGAUGACAAAAUUACUAGGCUCACAGCAGAGAAAAGGGCUCUUCAAGAUCGCUUGCAUGAUGCAGAAACACAACUUUCCCAAUUGAAAUCACGGAAACAUGAUGAAUUGAAGAGAGUGAUGAAGGAGAAAAAUGCUCUUGCUGAAAGGUUGAAAAAUGCUGAAGCUGCUCGAAAAAGAUUCGAUGAAGAAUUGAAACGUUAUGCGACAGAAAAUGUGACACGAGAAGAAAUACGGAAAUCGCUUGAGGAUGAAGUACGGCGGUUGACACAAACAGUUGGACAAACGGAAGGGGAGAAACGUGAAAAGGAGGAGCAGGUUGCUCGCUGUGAAGCAUUUAUUGACGGGAUGGAAUCCAAAUUGGAAGCCUGCCAGCACUACAUCCGUCAGUUAGAAGCAUCACUUCAGGAAGAAAUGUCUCGGCAUGCCCCAUUAUAUGGGGCUGGUUUGGAAGCUUUAUCGAUGAAGGAGUUGGAGACAUUAGCACGGAUUCAUGAAGAAGGACUUAGCCAGAUCCAUUCCAUCCAACAGCGUAAAGGAAGUCCAGCUGGUAGUCCUCUAGUAAGCCCCCAUAACCUUCCACCCACUCAUACACUGUUUCCUUCUGCUCCUCCUGCUAUGGCUGUUGGACGGCCCCCUUCCCUGAUUCCAAAUGGUGUUGCAAUUCAGAGUAAUGGACAUGUAAAUGGUUCUAUCAGGCCCUGGUUCAACCAUUCUUGAAACUGGGUCUCAGACUCGUCUUGCACCACUUGACGACGUGGUUUUUGGUCUCAUCCUCAAGCCUUGCUCAUCCAUUAGGAGCUUGCUAGUAAUUAAAUGUGUAGGGCGGUAAUCUUUUAUCCAUUUUCCAGAUCUCUUGGCAUAGCUUGUAGGACUGUUGGAGAAAGGGAAAAGUCAUUAGAGUCCAAUAGCACUAACAUUUGCAAAUGCCAUGCUCAUUAUUGAGUUUUUUUUUUUUUUUUACUCAUAUCAAUUAAAAGCAUUAGAAAGUUUUGUUUACUGCUCAUCUCGUUAUUCUGAAACUUUCCACGAUCCUGAUUUAUAACUUUCAAGUUACUUCUUCUCUAACUUAAAGAAAGAGAGUUAGUUCUUCUCUAA